ACAUCGUUCAUCGGAUAAGCCUAAAGUAAACACUAGUUACGUUAGGGCAUAUUGGAAAAUGUGUUUGAACGGAACUGUACGUGUUUUAUUAAUGUUGCAUUCUAUUUACAUCCAAAACAUGAUUAUUAUUUUCUCGUUGUUUGUGAUUCCCAUUUUAACUGUUUUAUCAUUUGGAAGAGAAGCCUUUAUUUUGCGGGAACAGUAUCAUUCUUUCAACGUUGACAGCUCCAUCAGGCUACGAACACCAGUAGAAAUCCAUUCGAAAUUUUCCGCCAUCAUAUGACUUUGACCACUUGGAACUUCUCGGCCGAUUCGGUCAUCUAACAAUUGUUGGAAGGAACUGUAAUCGGGGCGAGGUGUUCCUAAUGGACUUUGACGUCACGUCAUAAUUGGUCCCCGAUUACUGAGACAAUUUAACGGAAAUACUCGAACAGUUUCCGAUUGGAACGCAUUCGUGUGUAAAGGUCUUGCACGUAUUUAAUUAUUAUUAUUUGAUUAAGUUGGUAGAUUUAUCAAAGGACUGUACAAAGGCAGGUUUACUCGGAGAUUUUGGAGACAUUGGUUUGCUGAACCUAACCAUUUAACACAAAGAUGCCGACACCAAAGGAGAUAGCGCUCGGAGCGGUAGCGGGAACAACAACCACAGCGCUGUUGGCAUGGAAGACUUUAUUUCCUUACAUAGUGGAUGACAUCAAGACAAUUAGAAGAACAAGCCGGGUAGCAAAGAUUGCCGGUCAGCAAAUUAUGACCGGACAAUUUCUUGUCGACGUUUUUGAGGACCACGUGGCCAGGGAUCCAAAGAAGACUUUCAUUAUUCACGAGGAUAAACAGUACAGCUACGAAUGCGUGAACGCCAUGGCCAACCGCGUGGCCAGCCUCGCUCUGACCUGGAACCUUGAACCUAGCUCCACAAUAGCCACAAUGAUCUACAACGAAGCGGCUUUCGUUUGGACAUUAUUGGGACUUCUGAAGGUUGGACUAUCGGAUGCUUUCAUCAACUACCAUCUGACGGCGAAACCGUUGUUACACUCCUUGAACAUCAGCGAAGCCAAGGUCAUCAUAGUAGGAGCCGGUGAUGAACUGCUGGACUCCAUUAUGGAGGUCAGGGAAGGGCUGCCAGCCGUACCGAUCUACGUCCAGGGCAGGGCCCAGGAGACCCUACCACCGGGCAUGCUGUCGUUUGAUGACGCCAUUUUACGUACACUGCCAACGAAUGUCUGUAAAUCCGUCAGAUCUCACGUGAAUCUGAUGUCACCGAUGUGUUUUAUAUACACGUCAGGAACAACAGGACUCCCGAAGCCAGCGAUCAUCAACCAUGCCAAGUCUAUCGGUGUGUCUGUUACUUAUAGUAUUUUAGACUACAGCCCUUCUGACGUCGUAUACAUCGUCACACCUCUCUACCACAGCGCCGCCACGCUUCUCUGCCUCUUCAACACAUUUUAUACCGGAGCUACAAUGGUGUUACGUAAAAAGUUUUCUGCCAGCCAUUUUUUCGAGGACUGCCGGAGGCAUGACGUCACGGUCAUACAGUAUAUCGGAGAACUCUUUCGUUACAUUAUGGCACUUCCGGAGACUCCACUCGACCCGGUCCACAAGAUUCGAGUGGCGUUCGGAAAUGGUCUCAGACAGGACAUUUGGACAGAUUUCCAGAAACGCUUCAACAUUCCUUGGAUUAUUGAAAUAUUCGGCGCCACGGAAGCCACAGGAGCAUUACUGAAUAUUACAAACAAAGUUGGAGCAUGUGGACGUCUUUCACCUUUCAUGCGCUGGGCCAGUACGGAGUUCAAAGACACUUUCAUUGUACAAUAUGACCCGAUCGAGGACACACCAAUCCGCGAUAAACGAGGCCGCUGUAUCCAAGUCAAACCAGGUGAACAGGGCUUGUUGAUAACCCCAAUACCACCAACGUACACCGGCUUCUAUAAGGGUGACGAAAAACUGAGCGAAAAGAAAAUUCUUAGAAAUGUAUUCGAAGAAGGCGACAGUUUCUUCAAUUUUGGAGACCUGUUAUACCUAGACAAGGACUAUUAUAUCUACUUCCGUGAUCGAGUAGGGGACACGUUCAGGUGGAAAGGCGAAAACGUUUCUACUCGAGAGGUUUGUGACGUCAUUAGCGCACUCGACUUUGUCCAAGAUGUCAACGUGUAUGGAGUACGCAUUCCAGGUACUGAAGGUAGAGCGGGAAUGGCUGCGAUAUCUGUGACAGGCAAUGCUGACGUAACUGCCGAUAUGCUACAGUCGUUGUACCAACUAUGCCAGAAGGACCUGCCAAGUUACGCCCGGCCAUUAUUCAUCCGCUUCCAGAAGGAUUUUAUUGUAACGCAGACGAUGAAACACCGGAAACUCGAGUUAGUAGAAGAAGGGUUUGAUACUGUAAAGGUCAAAGACCCACUGUAUUAUAUGGACAAUGACAAAAAGACUUAUUCGCGUCUUACUGAGACAUCAAAGGAUCGAUUACUUCAAUCCAGAUUAUGAUUUCUACCACGCCGUUAUUGACCUUAUCUCUCACGCCUGGCAUGAUUUCUUUGCUCCAAGAAGAACUUUAUCGUGUUGAACACGAUGAUACAGCGGAAACUCGAACAAGUAGAAGAAAGGUUUUACCCUGUAAGUGUCGAGAACCCACAGCACUUCACAGACAUUAACAAUAAUACAUAGUCGCGUCCAACCGAGACAGCAAAAGGAAGUACUCUUCAUUUUAGCUUAUGACUUUUACGUCGCUAUUACGUUUUAUUACCGAUUUGAUUUGAAAGUGAUUAAGACAUACUAUUCUAGACAAAGCAUAUUUGGACCACAGAAAAUAGUAAUAAUAAAAAAUAAGCCUGUU